UUGACGAAAAUAUUUUCGUCAAAUGUUUUCGUCAGCGGCCGUUUUUAGUGACGAAAAGUUAACGAAAAUUAAGUUAUCAUUAAGUCAAUUGACGAAAAAUAUGACGAAAAUCAAUUCCAAUUUUCGUCAUUGGACGAAACCGAAACGAAAAUGUGAGGGUCUGAGGGAGGGACGUCACCUGAACCUCCGCUUUUUAGUUUCCUCUGAGCUCCACCCACCGCUGUCUGUUAGAGUGAGAUGCACGCAGCCACGCAUGGGAGUCUGGGAGAGAGAGUGAGAGACGCAGGCGCAGCUGCAGGAUCCCUCUGUUUGCCUAAGGGAGUCGGGACUUCUGGAACAACGCCCUGCAGUGCAACUGAGUGCAAACCACAGAAGAGAAGAGGAAGAGUUGGAAUUGGAAUUCCUCCAUGUCUGGAGAGUGGAAAUUGAAUGUGACGUGUCACCAACAGGUAGCAUACACUGCUGCACAAACUGUACAGAUACAGAUGACACUAGUCACAGAAAUGUUAGUGUCUGGGAGAAAGAGAAGAGAAGAUCUAUGGAUGCAUUUUACAUUUGAUGCUAAGGAGAACAAGACCCUUUGCAAACCAUGUGGAGUGGCAAUCACUGGUAAAAAUACAACAAACUUGAAGCGUCAUUUGCAGAUGAGUCAUCCCGAAAUUCAUACAAAGAUACAGAAAACAUCCAAUGAUGGGCCAAGUCAAGCCAGUGCACCACAGCAAAAUAUUUACACAGCUCUUGUAAGUGCUUCAAAAUACAAAAUUGACUCUAAGGAACAACAGGCCAGGGAGGAUGCCAUAGCAAAAUGGAUUGGGCGCACUGGAUUACCAGUCAGAACGAUUGAAGAUGAGGACUUUGUUAACAUGAUGGCGACCGUAGAUAGGAGACUGAGUGUUCCAAAGAAAACUAAAAUAAAUAAUCUGAUUGACAAACAUUAUGAAGAUGAAAAACAAAAAUUCAAAAAGAGACUGGCUGCUGCCCGGAGAGUAUCUAUUUGCACUGAUUUGUGGACAAAAAAAGGACUAACAGCUUCAUUCCUUGGUAUAAGUGCGUGCUACUUUUGUGUUGACCAAAAUAAAGCUGAUCACAUAUUGUUGGCCCUUGAACAAGUAGCACACCCACACACUGCACAGUCAAUCAAAUCAUGUGUGGACAAAUGCUUGCAAGAGUGGGACAUACCAAAGAAGAAGAUCCUUACAGUGAUAACAGACAAUGGGAGUAAUAUGGUGGCAGCAUUUAAACACACCACAGCAGCAGCAGAAGAACCACCCAGCUUUAGUGAGGAAGACUCCCCCAUAACGGAAAGUGACUCUGAGUCGUCUGAGUCUGAAAUUGAUGAUUUGCGGUACCAACAGAUCGACAUGGACCGGACACCGUGUGUGGUGCAUACCUUACAACUUGUGGUCCACAUGGUGCAGAAGGAGGCAAGUGUUAAGAGAAUCCUUGAUAAAGCAAGGUCAGUAGUGAAACUCUUCCGCAAGUCUUCCGUUGCAACACAGAAGAUAUUGGAGCAGUGUGGCCUUAUUGUUUUAAAUGACUGCCCCACACGCUGGUCAAGUACAUUCAACAUGAUCGCACGACUCAUCAAAGUGAAAGACUCGGUCUGCCAAAUCGCAAACAACAUGGGAUGGGACAGCUUUCUCCCUAGUGAAUGGCAAAAGCUCACAUCAUUGCAUGAUCUACUGCUGCCAUUUGCAGAACAUACUAAAACCCUCCAGAGUGACACCAUGUCCAUGUCCCUGGUUGUCCCUGCCCUCUUUGAUCUGCUCAGUCACCUUGAUGACUUUAAACAGAACACUAGCUACCAAGACCUUGCCACAAUUGCACAAAAAAUGAAAGGGAAUGUAAACCAGCGUUUUGCUUCAUUCUUAGAUACAACAGAUGAAAGGUUCUCCCCACUUGCAGCUGCUGCUUGUUUUGUCAACCCUACUGUCUGUGAAACCCUUGUUGAUGUGGCUGAUGAAAAUAUUCAGGAACUUCUUAAACAGGCAGAGGAGUAUGUGAUAAGAAAAUCAGCAUUGCCCCACACACAAGAUGAGGAUCUGUCUGAAGAAGAUGAUGCACUUGCAGUUGCAGAAGAGGAGAAUAUUGAGAAAUCAAAGGAAGAAGCCCCACCAUCCACAUCAAAGCACAGAGUCUUUCGGUUUCUCUCAAAAUGCCGCAGAAGACCCAGGCAGAGGACCUCCCCAAACAACAUAGAGCAGCAGAUCAGAAAAUAUAGGGAGGAAGAGCUUUUGCAACAACCCAUCACUGAUGACGACACUGGAACAGAUUUUUGGCUGUCAAAGAAUGAUACUUUUUAUCACCAGUUAAAACCUUUUGCAUUAGACCUGUUGGCUAUGCCAGCUUCUCAAGCCUUUGCAGAGAGAAUAUUCAGUGUCACAGGUGACCUCUCUCGAGGCCGGCGGAAUAGAGCAAGGGUCAUAUUGGCACGAAGUGCUUUCCUUAAAAUGAAUCGAAACAAAUAGAAAUGUUUUUAUUCUCCAGUUACUUAUAACAUGUUAAGCAUUUUUAGCAUACCUAUACUUGUGGGUUUGGGUUGUGUUUCACUCACUGCUUAUUGCUAUAGGAAGAAUCAAUAAUUCAACAGUUCUAAUUGUCAAAUACAGUGACAGUCAUAGAAAAAAUGCAUAAGGCUAGUGCUACAAUACCAUAAGUGAGUGUGUGUGUGGAUUAGAAUUUCUGUGGAACUAUAAUAACAACCACCACCAAUAAACUCCUCUCUCUCUCUCUCUCUCUCUCUCUCUCUCUUAGCAUUGAUAAUAGAGGUAAAUAUAUCACACUAAAGAAAAAGAAAAAUAGACCAGUAAGUUUAGUUACAGUAACUUUCAAUUAGAUGCAUAUUGUUGCUAUGGAUGAAUCAUGUCAUGUCAAUGAAUCUAGCAGUGAAUAGUAUUCACUCACUCCUGACAGCACUUCCUAAACCUAUACAAACGUCUCAGACAGAUUUAUAAUUAGGCAGAGUAGGCACAUAUCAUUUUUUUACGUCAGGCAGGCCCAGGUUCUGCCCCUAGGGGAGUUGGCAGCAGGACCUCAGCGUAAGGGUUCCCUACCUUGCACCUGUCUACAAUGUGGUGCCAGAAAUGUAAAUCCACUCCAGCCCCUAGUAGAUAGAUAAGCUAUAGGUGCUGUUCACUUGCUGUCAAAUUUAGCACUGAAUAAAUAGUAUUAUCUGCUGUAUUAACAGCACUUCCUAUAGCAACAAUAUGCAUCUCAUUGUAAGUUAGUGGGGUGUUCUUAGUGUGAUACAUAUUUACCUCUAUUGUCAAUGCUUGCUGAGACAGAGAGAGGAGUUAUAAAAAGUGGUGAUUGUUAUAUAGUUCCAUACAGUACAGCUGCUAGCAUUGUAUUUGUAGCCUCUGCACUUUUUCUUUGAAUGUAUCUGAGAAUUAGAAUUGUUGAAAUUUGAAACAAUAAACUGUGAAGAUGUGAAAAAUUGUGAACAGUCCACGUCCAGUGAGUCAGUUAGUAACUGAUUCUUAUUAUAGAAAUAAGCAUUACCCCUCUAGUAUUGGUUAAUUACUUUAGUAGUUAUGCUGUCUGUGCCUUUGCUGCCUGUAGCACUAGCUGGCUGCAGAAUUGUUUUGUUGUGUACGGUUAAGGUUAACAAGUUACUUGAACUGU